AUGAUCGUGUACAAGAAGGUCAUCAGUGAAGCAUUUCAGUUUGUCAGUUUUGUUCCUAUUGGGAGUCGACUUUAUGAAUUGGAUGGUUUGAAACCAUUUCCUAUAGAUCAUGGCCCCUGUAGUGAUCAAGACUGGACAGAUAAAUUUAGAAAUGUAAUUCAGGAUAGAUUAGGAAUCACAGAUGAUGAAUAUAAUGAAAUAAGAUUUAAUUUAAUGGCUGUAGUUUCUGAUAGGCGUUUAGCUAUUCAACACAAAUUGAAAAUGCUUAGAACAAAUAAACAAAGAGUAGUAGAUGCUUUACAGCAAAUAGUCAAAGUUAAAGAUAAGGGAGGUGGAAAAAUUGAAAAUGUUCCCGAGAAUUUGAGCUCAAGGAUAGUGAAAAAUGAAGUGGCUGGAAAAACCGAGGAAGAUACAAAAAUAACUGGCUGA